CUCACCUGACACCUGCCCAGGGCUGGGACCGCUCAGCGGCUGGCACCCCCGCUUCUUGUGGUCCAUGAAGGCUGUGAUGGCGUCCAGCGGGAAGGUCUGCAGGCAGUGGCCGCAGCUGGGACAAUGCAGUCGCCGCCUGCCAUCCCUGUGCCUGUGCCUGUGCUCCGGCUUCCUCGGGGUCCUGAUGGCUUCAGCCGUGGAUUUGCCCCUGAGGGACGCAGGGUCCCCCCAAAGCCUGAUGUACCUGAACUCCAAGAGGGUCCCAUAGGUGAAGACUCUCCAGAAACCCAGGAGCAGCGGGCACGAGCCACCCUCCGGGAGCGCUACCUUCGCAGCCUGCUGGCCAUGGUGGGCCGCCCCGUGAGCUUCACCCUGCACCAGGGAGUGCUCGUGGCUGCCCAUUUUGGAGCCACUGACCUGGAUGUGGCCAACUUCUAUGUGUCGAAGCUUCAGACUCCUAUAGGCGUGCAAGCCGAAGCGUUGCUUCGUUGCAGUGACAUUAUUUCUUACACCUUCAGGCUCUGAAGAAGGACCUUCCCCCAGCCCUGCACUUCUGCUGUCUGGCCUAGCUCACCAUUCCAGGCCUUGAAAGGACCCAGGUCAGGACCUUACUCCAUGGAAGUCUCCGCUUCCUUGAGUUUGGAGCCAAACUCAAGCUCCCCUCACCUCCAGGAGUCAAUGAGUUUUAGGUCCCAAGGAAGGGGACCUGAAAGGUAUUCUGCCUCAGAACUGGGGCCUGCAGAAAUGGGCCUGGUGCCAGUUCCUGAAGACCGGGGCUAGGGGGAGGGAGGCACUGAAGGAAGCAAGCCACAUAGGGGAGCUGUUUAUUGAAUAGGUUGAAAAGGUCACCCACCCUGAAGAUUCCCAUCCAGUGCUCCCCUGCCAAAGAAGUUAUUUUCCACAGAAACUCCGACUUCUGUUUUUCAUAUAUUUAUGUGUAACUGUGUAUUUAUUUGGUACAGGGUCUCACUAUAUAGCCG